UUCCUUAAAUAUUAAUCACUUUUCAAGUUCACCUAAUACUUCAACCUGUGGACCGCGAGGGAUAGGACGUGAGGGAGCCUUUUGUCAUGUCUCCAUGUCAUAGAAAGGUGACUGAAGGCCAGACAGGUUUCCUGCGAGUAAAUCACUUCUCGCGCCCCGUUUAUGUGUCUUGUCCUGAAAGGAAAUGUUUUACAAAAUGAAUUGUGAUUUUUGGAUGCGCAACAUUAAGGAGCGUGGUGACCCGAACGGGACAGCUAUAAAUACAAAUCACGGCGUGUGAAAGACCCUGAUACUGACGGGGAACAUAGAGGUUAAUUGAUGGCGCAUUGGAUGCACAUACGUUUAUACACAAGGCACGCUCUAAACAAUAGUAAAACUUUAUCGACUGGCCUCAGGCAAAGCGGUGCACAGAAUCAAACAACGACAAGGCCUAUGGAAAUUUAUAGUAACCCGAAAAACAAGUUGAAACAGACUGCAGCAGUAAAGUGCAGUGAACGCACUGAUAACGACUUUUUACCACUGAAACUGCAGACCAGAAAAGGUUCUUGAAAAAAAAAGAGAAAUAUCAUUUGUUUUAUUAGUACGUUUAAAAUCACCAAAAUGCAACAGUUGGGUAUCUCUUUUUGGACGAUGCCUUUCAUUGUGCAGAAACUCCCUUUGUUGAGCAGUUGGACGCACGGAGCCGCCUUACUUCAGUUGCUUGUACUCCUCUUGGCCACAGAUCACUAUGUGAAGGGCUCGGAUCAGUCGGGGCAAUGGCAAUGUCCAGUUCAAGACCCGUACCAAGUCAUAUCAGAGGCUGAUCGGUUCGUUUGCUGCAAUAUGUACAUGGACUGGAUGAAAAAAAGCAAGGAAAAGUUCAGUUUCUACCCGACCCCUAAAAUUCAGCGUUGGUUCCAACAUUUGGGGAUGAAACAACACAGGCAGACAGUGCAACAGCCCAAAAGAGCACGUUAUGCAAGACAAGCCCCAAGAAGGAUUUUCCCACCUUUGCCAUUCAGUUUACCACCACCCCCGCCUAAUUUUUUGCAAAAUAUAAGAAGUAGAAUUACACAGGGACAGGAUGGGAUCGGAAAUCGGAUCUCAAGGUUCCCAGGGGGCGAUAAUACAGACACAGUUAACAGAGCCUCAUCGAACGCGAGGGCCAACGCAUUUUUGCUUCAGAGAGGCGCCAACAACGUUGCUGAUCCCGUAAGGUUGCACUAUAGGGAAGAGUAUCGAAGCUUAACCAAAGAAAAACGAGACCGCUUUCACCGAGCCUUGAACCGUCUGAAGAACUCUUUUGUUGACGGUGUACGGGAGUACGACAUCUUUGUUGGGUAUCACCGAGCUAACCUGUCCCCGGGUGCUCACUUUGGACCCGCGUUUCUGCCUUUUCACAGAGAACUGCUUUUCAGGCUUGAACGGGCCCUCCAACGCUUUGAUCCCGAUGUGGCCCUUCCCUAUUGGAACUCCACAAUGGACGAAGGUCUAGAAAAUGCCGAGGAUUCCAUCAUGUGGACGGAGGAAUUUGCCGGAAAUGGCUACGGGAAUGUGACGACAGGACCAUUUGCAAAUUGGCCCACUAGAUUUGCAACGGAAGGAAUAAACGUCCUUUUUCGAAAUCUAACCUACGGGUUCGAACAGCGUCCGUUCCCGGGACUUAUGGCCGAUGAUGGUAUACCGGACUCGGCCACGAGGUUUCGUGACAUUACAUUUUAUGUAGAUUCCACGUUUGAGUUAAAUCACGGGAAGACCCAUAACUGGGUUGGUGGUCAAAUGAUAGAUUUGGAGAAUUCCCCAGGAGACCCUGUAUUUUUCCUUCACCACGCCUUUAUUGAUUGUGCUUGGGAGGAAUUUCGUGAACGGCAAAAAGCAAAUGGCAUUGACCCUCGAUUCGAUUACCCCAACGACACAGUGGCGUUAGGUGUUAACCAAACUCCACCGCCUGGCGUUGCUCAAAUCACCAGUUUAGAGACCUCAUAUCAGCGGUUUGAAGACCGCAUGUUGCCGUUCGAAAUAACAAACGGCGAUGGUUUGGCAAAUGAAUACACGGAGCAUUUUUACAAAUGUUCAUCAAGCUCAAAUGAUUGCCCUUGUACAUCACCUUAUUUGUUUUGUGAUUCUUCCUCUGGACCUUCCACCUGCCGGCCUCGCCUUCGUGUCGGAGCGAAGUGCACCCGAUAUAUGAUGAUGGAUGCAUGCUACAACUCGAUGUGCUGUUAUAUCGAUGGGAGCUCAUCUGAGGCAGUUUGCCGUUCAUUUUGUCCGCCGUACGCAAGACCCACUGAGACCCCAGGACCAAUAAGCACAACCGCUCAGGCUGAGAUUACAACCGACCCACCUAUCACAAUUACUGGAACACCACCCAACACAGCCUCAACCUCCCGACAACCACCAACCAGUCAAAGAACGACGGGCGUGAUUUUCAGACCCCCGAGGCCUCGUGCGCGAGGGCAGCAAACCAAUAGUAACCGAGAACGACCAGCACCGCAACCAGUAACAACGACAUCACCUUCUGGGGAUAAGUCCGAUAACCGCCCAUUCGUAUUUCCAAAUUUCAUUCGAAACGUGAACAAUUUUUUCUCUCCAAUACGUAUUCGUCCAGGGAAUUUGUUCACACAAGGAUCUUUUCUGCCUCUCCCCUUCAGACCUGGAUUUCCUUCUUUUAUUGCUGGGGGCCAAGAUGCUGCUUCAGACGAGGACAGCGUAAGGCAAAGACGUCAGUUGCAAAACAGAGAGUAAAUUGAAACGCGUGAGAUUAAAGGACAUGUAAUUAGUAAUUAUAAUAAAAAUAAAGAUAAUACGCAAAUAGAGGGCGAGCACAUUUUAAAUAUUAUAUAUGGUUGAAUCCUGCGGAGAAUUACGAGAAGAAAAAUAAAAAACAAUAGAGCUUUAAAGGGCCAGUAUCCAUAUCUUAACAUUUGAAACCCUAACCUUUGACAUACACUGUAUUUUACAAUGACAAUAAAUGUUUUAUUUAUCCCUGUUAUACUGUAUUUUGUUUUUACCCAAUUCCAAACAUCCUGGAAGAAGUUGGUUUCGCUGUGUGAGCUGUUUCACUAUCCAUCUACUACACAUUCACCAGUAGCUGUUAACUGACUGAAAACUCGCCACUGGAUUAUGCCUUGGCAUAAAACACUUCCUCUUCAA